CACUUGUGCCGGAGAAUGGCCCUGGGAAUGGGCCUGUCGGAUGCGCCUGCCUGUGGGAAGCCAGACCGGUCCCUGGGAGAACGUGUGUUGCCCGCUCGGGGCUUGCUUCUCCGCCCUUCUGGGAACACAUCAUCAAGUGGAGAUGCAAGCAAGUGUUGGGCGAGAAGAGAACUCUCUGUACUGCGGAAGUGGCGACCAUGGGUUUUUAAGGGCAAACUGAACAUUCUUGUAUCAGAGAGUGGAUCAAGUUGUGGGUGACAUGGCCCAGGGGAAUAAUUAUGGGCAGACCAGCAACGGGGUGGCAGAUGAAUCACCCAACAUGCUGGUGUACAGAAAGAUGGAAGACGUCAUAGCACGCAUGCAAGAUGAAAAAAAUGGAAUUCCUAUUCGCACAGUGAAAAGUUUUCUUUCCAAGAUACCUAGCGUCUUCUCUGGGUCAGACAUUGUUCAGUGGUUAAUAAAGAACUUAACUAUAGAAGAUCCAGUGGAGGCGCUCCAUUUGGGAACAUUAAUGGCGGCUCAUGGCUACUUUUUUCCCAUCUCAGAUCACGUCCUCACACUCAAGGAUGAUGGCACCUUUUACCGGUUUCAAACACCUUAUUUUUGGCCAUCAAAUUGUUGGGAACCGGAAAACACAGACUAUGGUUAGUGUCAUCU